AUGUCGGGCGAUAUUCGUGAACUUAGAUCGAUCACUGAAUUAUCAUUUGAAAUUAGAUCUUCUCGUACUUUAAAUGAAAAUAUAUCACUCAAGGAAGAGGUCUCCCAUUUGAAUGAAAAAAUAAAAAAUCAAUCAUGUUUGAUAUCCGACAUGGAUACGAAGCUGAAGGAGCUUAACAAUGAACGCAGUAGCUUACUAACAGUAAUCAGAGUACUACAAGUAGAAAAUCAAAACUUUCCUCAUUAUCAGAGACAGCAACAAAUGGCUAAUUUACAUGCCAAUAUUAACCAUCCCCCGCAGAGCCAACAAAGCCAACAUGUUGCUCCCUCAGCUCAUAUUAAUCAAACCGAGUGGAACUAUGCAUAUGAUAACACGCUUGACCAACGACUCAUAUAUCAGACGGAACAACAACAACGUCAUCACCAAAAUUCUUAUAACGAGACACAUCAGUCACAGCAACAAUCAUACCAGCCAAAACCACAACAGAAACAGCAACUGCUACCGCAACAUAUAUAUCAGCGACAACAUCUGGUGGCUCACUUACAUGACAACACCCAUCAUCCCCCACAAAGCCAAUAUGUAGGCCCCCUUGUCCAGCCUCAAAUUAAUCAAGAAAUCAAUGAGAGGAACCAUGCAUAUAGUAAUACGUUUGAUCAUCAACCCAGACCCCAGUGGGAACAGGCCGAACAGCAAUACAUUAGCAACAACAACGAUACGCAUCAGCUGCAGAAACAAUCGCAUCAGCCACACCAUGAUCAGCAACAGCCACCUCAGCAGAAACAAGAUCAUCAACUGCGGCCUUACAAUGACACUUCACUACCCAAACAACACCACCACCAUCCUAAAAAGCAUGCUGGAGAAGAUCUCACAAUUAUCCUAGGAGACUCUUUGACAAGAGGAAUCAAUACGAGGAACAUAAGAAGGUCAACCAGUAAAAAUGUAAUUAUCCGCACUUUUCCUGUGGCAACGGUUAAGGAUAUGGUAGAUUACAUUAAACCAUCCUUGCGUUUACAACCUGCCCAUAUUAUUAUCCACGUUGGGACCAACGAUCUGAAAUCAAGUGAGGUCAAAACGCUAACUGAAAACAUAUCCAAGCUCUGUGAUGAGAUCUAUAACUUCGAUCCCAAGAUCGACAUCACACUUUCACAAAUAAUAACUAGAACUGAUAGCCCUGGCAUUAACGAAAAGGUCGCCCAACUGAAUAACCUACUAAAGGGUCUGUGUGAAGCUAGAAAAUUGGGUAUAAUAAGCCACGAAAAUAUUGAUGAAAGAGGCCUAGACAGAUUUGGCCUGCACCUUAAUAGGUCAGGUAGUGGUAUCAUGGCAAGAAACUUAAUUAACUGUAUUCAGCAUCUUUAG